CGGGUUAAAUCAUAAGUUCACCGGUAAUAAAGCUUAAAACGUGAAGUUGGCAGAACCGUUUCCAAUUUGGCGCUCAAUUGGAGUCUGCGACUCAAAUAUCAAAAAUUAGGGUUUCUGCAUCCUAAAUCUCAAAUCAACAAUGCGUCAGAACGCCAGGAAACGUAAACCUAACCCUAGCAACAAUCCACCACGCAAUAUCCGGAGUUCUUCAAUCAGAGCUAUCAUCGGAGAUCGUCGUUUUAACGAUCAAUUUAACCACGUAAACACCAAUCGAAUUGAAGGUACAAAGAAGGUGAAAAGAAUGAAAGUUGAUGAUGCUAAAGUUCAUGAUCUCCCUAAUUUGGGACAAAAUGCGUCAUCCAAUCAAUCUGAAGCCGCUGGUGAUCCGAGAGGUUGCAGCGGAGAUUUAGCUGCAAAAACUUCUGAAUAUGCGUUCUUUAAGAGAAUGAAAGGGAAUACUUGUAGUAAUGUACAUGCAGAUCCAAAUUGUUGUGACAACCAAUUAAGCAAUGUUCAAAAUAGCCGUAGUUUCACAAGAGAAGAGGUACCUAAUGUACAAAAAGAGAGCAUAAAGUAUGCCAGAUCUUCAUCGCCCAAUGAGAAAGAACAAAACGAGGCCCACUAUUCCUUUCUUUCACCCCCGUGUCACGGAUUCAAGAAUUAUGGUGAAUAUAACCGAUUGUCUCCAUCAGUGGGCAGAAAAAUGAAAACCCCGGGGAAUACAGGAGUGUUCUCUGCAAAGAGGGAGAAACUACGUCAAUUGGCAGCAGAAAGAUUGUCAUGUAAUGUCAAUGAGCUCUCUUCAGAAGGGUUUGAUUUGGUUUCUGCUCUCAUUAGUAGGAUACUCCCAGUGGUCCACGAUAAUAAAUCUCGUAGAGAUCCUAAUCAAGAUGAAACUGAUUAUAAACACAAGCUGCCUCCUUUUUCUGAGUCAGAAGCAGCCAAACAAAUCAAAAGAUUUGAAGCUUACAAAAGCAAAUUAAUGGAGUCUCAAUAUAUAUCAUAUUUGGAUGAUGGGCUUUCCAGACCAACAAAGAAACCCAUAGAUAAUGAUCUUCUGGAAUGGAAUCGUACGGGCCCGGAAUCUUUUUCUUGCGGUUAUUCCCCAAAUUUUAACAUCCAGUAUAACCGCUGCCAAAUAGAAGGUUACAAAAGAGAAUUCAUCAAGUCUCACCAUAUAUCAUACUUGGAUGAUUGUUUUUCCAGAUCCGCAAAGAAACCCACAGAUAUGGAUAUCCUGGAAUGGAACCCUUCUGGCUUUAGUGGCUUAGAAUCUAGUAUUCGGUAUAAUCACCACCGUACAGCUGGCAGUUUCAGAUUUCCGAACUUUGACAUGGAGAGUAUCUUAGCUUUUGACAAGCCCCUUCAUAUGCAUUUAUCUAGAAACUUCCAAGAGCUUGAUGAAUCACAUCUUUAUAAUGAACCUAAACUCUUGGAACAGCCACAGACUCUCCUGUUGGGUUGGGAUCACAACAGUGAAAAAGACGAAUCUUUUCUAAGGAAAGAACAUUUGCUGACAUCGUCAAUCUCACCUUACACUCCCACGCAUCUUAUGGCUGUAGAAGAUUGCAGCAUCAGAUUCCCACUUCAAGAUUAUAAUACAUGGUGCGUGAAUGAGUCCUUAAAUGAGCCCCUAAGCUUCCAGGGCAUGGGUUUACAUUCACUUGUUAAUGAUGAUGAAAACAAAGAGAAUAUUGUGUACGGUUCAGACCAGUUGUUAAAAGGUGGUGUGAAUGAUUACAGUUCAUCUAGUUACAUGGAUUCAUUUCUUGAUAAACAUUUUGACCGCGCUGACUACCCUUUGCUACUUCAUGAUUCAAGCUGGAAUGAUGAAUGUUAAUGUCAUGUAUAGUGUUGUCUCUGGAUUAUUCCAGUAUUGUUUAAAAUAUUUUCGGGUUAGUGAAAUGGCAAUACGGCAUGGUUGUAAAGAACUAAAGAUGUUAUGAGCAAUUACCUUUAAAGUAAA